CACCUGGCUCCUGGGUUGGCAGGAGUACUUAGCCGCCUGAGCCCAAGCAUGCUGGCCUGUGGUUUUCAAACUCUCAAACGACCUCCUCUUUUCCACAGAAUGUUGUAACCAUUGGAUUUGCCUAGGGAUACUGGUUUGUGGAGCUUAUUAUAGAGCCUCAUUGGUCCUACCCCCACCCUUAGGGUCUCUGGGAUAAUAGUGUCCUGGUACUGCUCUGUUACUCUUUCGGCCCUUGAGCUUGGGGACCUUGAGUAAACACCAGGCCUAGGGUUAUAUGGAGUGGUUCCUGUUUUUGACAAAGAUCCGAUUGAGAUGUGGAAGGUACCAGGUAAGAUGUGGAUGGGUACUAGAAUGUGCAAAGUACAGAAGGGAGGCUGAGCUUGUUCAGGAACCUGCAGGUAUCUUUUCUUUCUCAUGGCGUCUGGGAGCAGUGAAGCAGGAGUCAGUUCUGGAACAGCCUUUUGAGCAAUUGAGUGUCUCUUCUGGAGGUGAUGAGAGCAAUGAGAGAUGUGGAACAGUAGAGGGAGGUGUGCUGACCCAGGUCUCAUCAGGCUCCCUUUGGUUGCAGCAUGGAUACGAGGGAGGUGGUAGGAAGACCACAGAUGAAGAAAGUCUGAGUGAACAUCCUGCUGGACCUGAGUGGUGACUGUGGAGGUGGAAGAAGUAGCUGGAUUCUGGUUUGUUGUUUUAAGGCAGUGUGACCUUUGAAGAUGUGGCCGUGUACUUCUCCUCGGAGGAAUGGGAUCUCCUUGAAGAGUCUCAGAAACGCCUGUACCACAAUGUGAUGCUGGAGAACUUGGCACUUAUAACCUCCUUGGGUUAUUGGCGUGGAACAGAGGAUGAAGAGGCACCUUCUGAACAGGGCAUUUAUGUACAAAGAGUGUCACAGUCUCACAGUGUCAAGACAGGUGUGUUCCUCAAGAACACCCAUUUUUGUGAGAUAUGUGGCCCGGACUUGGGAGACAUUUUGCACUUGACUGAGCACCAGAGAACACACUGUGAGCAGAAACUGAAUGAUAUUGGGGCAAGGGGAAAACAGUUGUAUUUCAGUGCAAAACUUCAGCACCAGAAGCAGCACAUUGGAGAGAAAUGCUUCAGAGGCAACAUGGGCAGAGCCUCAUUUGUGAAAGACUGCAAGUUUUUUGUGUUGGGGAGGUCCGUUUCCUGUGGGGAGCCCACACACACCAGGGAGAAGUCAAUGAGGAGAAGUGAGUGUGGAGCAGCCUUUCACAGGGGAAAAACCCAGUACAACUCUGGAGAAUGCACAAAAGACUUCACUUGCAAACACAUACUUGUUCAGCAACAAAGAGUCUCCACUAGAGAAAAAUGUUACAUGUGUAGUGAAUGUGGGAAAUCUUUUAGCAAGAGUUACAGCCUCAAUGACCAUUGGAGAGUUCAUACUGGGGAAAAGCCUUAUGAGUGUGGGGAAUGUGGGAAAUCUUUUAGGCAAAGCUCGAGCCUCAUUCAGCACCGUAGAGUUCACACUGGAGCAAGGCCUCAUGAGUGUGAUGAAUGUGGGAAAUUAUUUAGCAACAAAUCCAACCUCAUUAAACAUCGGAGAAUUCAUACUGGAGAAAGGCCAUAUGAGUGUAGUGAAUGUGGGAAAUCCUUUAGUGAAAGCUCUGCACUCCUUCAACACCGCAGUGUUCACACUGGAGAAAGGCCUUAUGAGUGCAGUGAAUGUGGGAAGUUCUUUACAUACCACUCCAGUCUCAUAAAACACCAGAGAGUUCAUUCUGGAUCAAGGCCCUAUGAGUGCAGUGAAUGUGGAAAAUCUUUUACUCAGAACUCUAGCCUCAUUGAACACCGUAGAGUUCAUAGUGGAGAAAGGCCUUAUAAGUGCAGUGAAUGUGGAAAAUCUUUUAGCCAAAGCUCUGCACUUCUGCAACAUCGGAGGGUUCAUACUGGAGAAAGGCCUUAUGAGUGCAGUGAAUGUGGGAAAUUCUUUACUUACAGCUCCAGUCUCUUAAAACACCAGAGAGUUCACACAGGAUCGAGACCUUAUGAGUGUAGUGAAUGUGGGAAAUCUUUUACUCAAAACUCCAGCCUCAUUAAACACAGGAGAAUUCACACUGGUGAAAGGCCUUAUGAAUGCAGUGAAUGUGGGAAAUCUUUUAGCCAUAGCUCCAGCCUCAUUAAACACCGAAGAGUUCACACUGGUUAAAGGCGUGAGUGCAUUCACUUUAGGAAUUUGCUUAGCCUUAGGUCCAACUUCAGUGAGUGCUAGAGUGUCGAUACUGGAGAAAGUUUUUAUGAGUAUUUGAAUAUGGGAAAUUAUUUUACCUGUAACCCUAUCCUCCUAAAACACUAUAAUGUCACCUUGGAUAAAAGCCUUAUGAGUGUGGCAAAUGUGGGAAAUCAUUUAGCCAAAGCCUAACCUCAUUAUACUCCAGACAAUUCCCAGUGAAGAAAAGCCUUAAUAAGUGAAUGUGAGAAAGCAUCCAGCUGAAGAAUUUACCUCAUCAGAUACCACAAAUUUCAAAAGGGAGAACUACCUUCGUUAUGCAGGUGUAUAUGAUUUCUCUGAUCAAUGCAACAACACUGGAAGAGAUCCCUUCUGAAGAUGCCAUUUGCCUGUAUUGAACCUCAUACAUCUAAACAUCUACUUAAAUUCCAGGCAAUAUCGCAUUGUGCUCAGCACUGGUGAGGGACAUCUGUUCCCCAAGUCCUGCAGUGGAGCCGUUGCCCUGGUAUCCUGAUUCUGUAGGGUAAUAUCACCGAUUUUAAGAUUUUAGGGGUCAGGGGAAUGUAAUUGUUACAGAAACACUGAAUUAAUAGGGAGCAGAGGAAAUGACACAUUCUGGAUAGAUUGUGCCUCUUUUAAAAUGUCAUUCAUAAUGUUUAAUCACUAUUGUUAUGAAGGAUGAUCUGCUACAGAAAUUCUUAGGACUUCCAGGAGUUCUCAUCAUGGUGCAGUGGAAACGAAUCCAACUAGGAACCAUGAGGUUGCGGGUUCAAUCCCUGGCCUCGCUCAGUGGGUUAAAGAUCCGGUGUUGCUGUGAGCUGUGGUGUAGGUCAAAGACAUAGCUAGGAUCUGGCAUGGCCUGUGGCUACAACCCUGAUUAGACCAAUAGCCUGGGAAUCUCUGUGUCCCUCGGGUGCGGCCCUCAAAAGAC